CUUCCUGCUCCUGCCAGAGCGAUGUUCAGGAGUUACCUGCAGGCUUCUCCUGGGCAGAAGCUUUUCCAGUCCAGCUUAAGAGGCAGGAACUGAGAGAAUGGAUUUGCUUUGGUCCUGACCUGUGGCUCCUGUGCGAGGGCUGGGGUGCGGGUGAGGAUGAGGAUGGCGGCGCUGGGCAGGCCCCACCUCAGGAGGUGCCUCAGCGACCACCCCGGGGGCUCCACCAGCUGGGCCUGGGACGGCUUCUGGAGAACAGCCAGGGAAAAACGCCUCGCAGAAAUUGAAGCCAGAGAAGCCUGCGACUGGCUGAGAGCUGCUGGAUUUCCCCAGUAUGCUCAGCUGUUUGAAGAUAUGCAGUUUCCCAUUGAUGUAAAAACUGUAAGGAGAGAUCAUGAAUUUUUAGAUGGAGAUGCGAUUGAGUCACUGUUCAGAAGGUUGAACACACUGAACAAGUAUGCAUCAAUGAAAGUGGAAAUAAGCCGUGAUAGGAAACGGAGUGAUGACUCUGAAGAUGAUGAACCCUGUGCAAUAAGUGACAGAUGGGCUUAUGAGAGGUGCAGUCAGCGGUGGUCUCGCAUCGAGAGCCUGGCAGAUUUUCCAGCAGAGGAAGGGGCUGGUGCCUCCACCCCAGGCAGCCCAAUACUGAAGAUCAUCAACAACGAGGACAGUGUCUUUCUGGAUCAUGGUGAUAAGCACGAUGUGUCCUCAAUUCACAGCACCAGCAGUGCUGACAGUGACGUUGUUAACUCCCAAAAACCUUUUGAAGAUGUGGAAAACAGCACAAGUUCCUCAAGAUGUUCCUCAGUUAAGGUACCUUCACUGGACUCUGCUUUUAGUUGUUCUCCUCCCCUCAGUGAAUUUUUAAAUAUCACCAGUGAGGAGAAGCUUUUGGAUAAGUCACCAUCUAAAAAGAGGAAGAGCCUUCUAAAGAAAAUGGAGAAGCUGCACUUAAGGAGCUGCAACUUAAGGAGUGGUCAGUCAAAGGCCAAACCCAUAAUAAGUGAACCUGUUCUUCUGGAAGGACUUAAUGAAGAAAAGAUGAAGAUGCUGAACUGUGUAAAUAUUUCUGACCUUUCUGGCAUCCGAACAAAGAGCAAUUCUUCCUUUUCUCCCCGGAGCUGCAAUAGCAGCAAUCAGUCUGCAAAUAGCAGCACAGGGAGCACUCCAAGUCCUGUUAUAAAACCAGGCAGCCCCUGUGAAGGAAGGGGGACGUAUGCAGAGCACAUGGACUCCAGCAAGCUCUUGCUGGGGAAUGAUCUAUCUCAGCAAAACCUAAAAAAUGACAUAAUGUUACAAAAGAACCAGAUGUUUCAAAUUCCACAAGGCCAUAAACCUGGCACUUUCCCCACAGUACUUACAGAUAGCUCCCUGUCUCCAGCAGACAACUCUUCUGUUAACUGGAGAACUGGGAGUUUCCAUGGGUGCAGGAGGAGCCGGAGCAGGAGCGGUUCCAAGGACCCCAGAGCCCCCAGGAGUCCCCUGUCGGGCGGGGAUAACAGGCGGAGCGUGUAUGACAACAUGCCCAACAUUGACCUGGAGACUUUGGGGGCAGCACAAGUUGGUGACGACGAUGUGUUCUCAGAACUGAACAGUGUCAUAGCAGAUGUCAAUGGUCUCAAAAAGUUGGUUGAUCAGUGGACAGAGAAGUUCUCAGAUGAUAGGGAUUCUGACUUUGCCAGUGACUUGACCUCUUUGUAUCCACCUUCCCCUAAAGAAAGCUCUCUUGAAACAGAGGGCUCAGAAGACAAGACAGCAGGGGAGGCUGAGGGAGAGAGCAGCUGUGGCCUGGGCAAGGAGAUUGGUUCUGCAGACCUGACUUACAUCACAGACUCUAAAAAGACCAACAGGCAUGGGAAGCAACACUGGUCUGUGGAAGAGAGCAUGAACCUGGAAAGCCUUUCCCUCCAGACUGAUGGCCAGUCAGCUGCCCAGCUGGCCCGCACACAAAAGCUGGCACUGUUGAAGCUCACAGCUUUAAUGGACAGAUAUUCCCCUUCCAGUAAGCAGGGCUGGAACUGGACCAUACCAAAGUUCAUUAAAAAACCAAAAGCCUCAGACUACAAGGACAAAAACGUGUUUGGGGUUCCUUUACUUCUGAAUGUGCAGCGAACGAGCCACCCCCUGCCCAAUGGCAUUCUGCAAGCCCUGGAGUAUCUGAGAAGCCACUUUCUUGACCAGGUUGGCCUGUUCCGAAAAUCUGGUGUUAAAUCCAGGAUUCUGUCUUUAAGAGAAAUGAAUGAAACCAACCCAAACAAUGUCUGUUACGAAGGGCAGUCGGCAUUUGACGUGGCAGAUAUGGUGAAGCAGUAUUUCCGAGACCUCCCUGAGCCUAUAUUUACUAGCAGGCUCUGUGAAUCCUUCCUCCACAUCUACCAAUACGUGCCAAAGGAUGAGCAGUUUCAGGCUGUCCAGGCUGCUAUUCUCCUUCUCCCAAAGGAAAACCGAGAAGCUUUGAAAAUCCUCCUGUUCUUCCUGAGAGAUGUGGUGGCUUUUGUUGAGGAAAACCAGAUGACCCCAACCAACAUUGCUGUCUGUCUUGCACCUUCUUUGUUUCACCUCAACACCCUGAGGCGGGACAGCUCCUCCUCAACCAGAUCCAGUCAGAGGAAGUGCAGCUUGGGGAAGCCAGACCAGAGGGAGCUGAGUGAGAACCUGGCAGCAACACAGGGCUUGGCCCACAUGAUAAUGGAGUGCAACAGGCUCUUCCAGGUAAAACUGCUGCCUGCCUCCCCGUACCAUCAGAGAUGACAUCAAAGGCUGGGUGACCUGCUCAUACCUGGCACAUAAGCUUGUCCAUGGCUCGUUUCAGCCCUUCCUCCAGCAGGUCUAUGAGACGCACCGUGUCCCCUGAACGAGUUUUGAACUUCUUCCUGAAAACACACAGCCAAAAUGACCACCUGCCUAAGAGGCAAAACACUCCCACCCUCUGCCUAGUGCCCAGUAAGCUUAGGAAAAAAGCACAUGGCAAAGCCCUCUGUAUUGAAGAAAUUGCAAUCACACAGACAGCUACAAAACUGAGAGAACACCCACAGUGUGGUCAGCAGGAAUGGCCAGGAAGGAUUCAACAGUCAGAACUGUCCAGUUCCAGAUAUUAAGCAGGACACAAUACCAGUGCCAGACUUUUCCCAAUUUUUGUUUCAUCCACUGUGAAGCAGGUAGAAAGUAAUGGAAAUCAUGGCCUUUACCACUGCCAUCUCCCAGUACCACAUUAGCUUCCACCAGCCCAAACGUCAGGCAGCAGAAGCCAGGCCUGAGAGAGAAUGUGCACCAGUGACUGUGUGGGUCAAGGACAAUGACAUUGAACAAAAUGAAUCAGUUACAGGUAACAGCACAGGAUGCAGUGCUUUCUUUUGAUAUUUUUUUUGGUGUACCAUGUACGUACUUGUCAACAAAUGAGAGCAAAUGUCCUGCAUUCACUCAGACUUUCUCUCCAAGGCACAUAUAGAGGAAAAACUACACCCAGACACUUACUUGUCUUCUCCCAGCACCACUCCAAAGGCAGCAUGGGCCACUCUGGUGACUUUGGGAUCAUACCAGCCAAUCAUCUGUCCAGCUGCAAACACUGUUUGGAAAUGCACAGACUGCAAGGAAUAAACACCAACAACUGGUUCUCAACCCACUCCUCCAGGUGCAGUUUCUUCCUAGUUUAUUCUAUUCACAACGAUGUUCUCACAAUAGGAAUUAAAAUGUUUCCAGCUCCACGACAAAUUCCACUUCAGAAAGUUCAACCUUUCCAAGAGUUUUCCAGCUUUACAGAAGCAGCAACUGGCUAAUUCCCAUCACUGCUCAGAUAAGGAGUAAAUGUGCCAAUCACACUGAAGACCCUGUGGUUUCCUACCUGUGCUACUGCUGCAUCCAUCAUUUCACACACUUUGUGAUGACCUGCACCAACAGUUACAGCAGAGGGUGGCAUACUCACCUGGCCACUAUCAACAACGUAGAUAAGGAUAUCACCCUUCUCUUCACACAGCCUGUGCUUCAGAGCAGCCAGGUCUGAUGUGUCAUACGUGUAACCUCCGUCAGAUUUCAUGAUAGUCAGCGGGACAGGGAAACCCGGGACGAACACGACCUUCCGGCCAUCAUCAACCUGGACAAAUCCUACAAAAGCAAUGAAAAACAUUCUGUGUUGCAUCACAAUAAGGAGGUUUCUGGGCCAGCAGCAACACUUCCCUUCCCUGCUGCUACCAGGAAGAACAGGCCAUACACUCACAUAAUCAAAAAUAUGAAAAAACCUAUAUGAGAACUCCCUUGUGAACCAACCAAGUCCCAUUCUGUACAGCACUUCUGGAACUACACACAAGGAAGCAGAUCUGCACAAAUGUGGCCUUACCAGAAAAGACCUAAUUCAAAAACUCCCAUCACUGGCAUCCAGAUCUACCUGUACAGCCACAAGCCCACCACAAAAUAUGGCAUUAAAGGCAACAGAAACUCUAUGGAGAUAAAAUGAGGACUUUGCAGGGAGUCUUUCUGAGGUGAGACAGUCAGACACUUCAGAUGGUGAGACUCAAGAACUGCCAAAUCUGGACAGGAACAAAGAAAACCAGAGACUUUUUAUGCUGCAGUUGGCUUCUUGCCGUUUUCAAAGUCAACAUGAUCCAAAAAUCCCACUGUCUUCACAGAGAUUUCUCAGACAAAGUUCCCACACAGUCACAACACUAAGACUGGGAAGUCUGUCAUAUAUUGCUCCUUGACUAUUUACUCAGGAUACAAUAAUUCUAGUAGUACCCUGUGUUAUUGCCUACAGAUAUCACAGACAAACUGCUUUUGAUGUCAGCAAGAAAGAUUCAGGCUUUCUGGAAUAAGGAAAAGCCACGAAAGAUCCACUUAGGAAAGGCAGCUGAGAAAAAAAGCAAAGGUGGGGAACAUGGAACUUGAAAAGCAUCAGCCCUAAGCCUUGCUGAAUAGGAUUGAGGUUACCAUGCUCAUCCUCACAGCUGCAGAACAACUGAUCUGAGACCAAAAGCCUCACCUUUAUCUUCAAAUUCUUUCACAAUGUCUUUCAUCAUCUCAUGGUAGAAGGAUUCUCCUCUCUCUAUGAUUGUGAUGUCCAAACAGUUGUAGAUUUUCUGGAAUUCUUGAGGGAAACAGAACAAAAUACUUACAUUAAAGGCACACAGUGGUAACCAAUGGAAAAUGUUUACCAGUGGGUACAGCAAGGCCCAAAAGGCAUUAUACAUCUCUUGGUCAUGCUGUCAGACUAGGACUCAAGAGACAAAAGAGUCAGCUGAAAGUCUCCACUUAAGACAGCCCAGUACUUUGGUUGUACUGGCUUUUUGCUUUCAGCUUCUCUUAGCAGUAUGGCAGUGAUUUUCAAGAGAAAACAGAAGGGUGUGCUCAGCAUAAAGCGAGGAAAGCCACACUGUUCUACGGCUGAGACAUGAUUCCAGAUGCGGCAAAGUCACCUCUGCGUGACACGUCACAGAUAAGAUUCCAGGCUUUAAUGAAGUCAGGGUUUUUGCUCUGCAGCAGCACCACACAUUGGUAGGCUCGCUUCUUAAAUUCCUCCUCUGUGUCAAACCUCCGCUUGGAUUCCUACAGGGAAACACAUGGACAAGCACUGCUUUCUCCCCUGAAACAAACCACCACUCCUAACAGGUUCUCCAAGCAUGCUCAUCUCAAAACAGGAAGGCUGCAUGCUUACACAGCCCUUUGACCAUGCCCCAUACAGACAGUUCAAUACCAGAUAUCACAAUCCAUCACCCCGUGGCUGGUUAUUGCAAUAAUCUACUAACAGUGAUUUGAUUCUUUCAUUUCUCCAAAACUAUGUUGCAAUUUGUAAAGCUCCUCAACCUGCUUUUCAGAUGCUGACAUAAACAUCACACUUAUCUGCUACACUUACCUUGUAAAAAGCUUGGAGGUCCCCAAUGGGAGGAGAAACAGUUAAGUAAUCUGGAAAUUUGUCCUGGAGGUGAGCAAUGAGCAUUCCAAACUGGGUGCCCCAAUCUCCUAAAUGGUUCAACCUUGGAGCAAUUGAAGAGGGCAAUAAUAAUCAUCUCUUAAACAUAUGCUUUAAGAUACACAUAUUUUAAAAAUAUAUAUUCUAAAAAAACCACAUAUAAUACCAGAAACCCAGGCCAGGCAAGCUCCCCCAAUUUCACUGCACUGAAGCUGCUGCCCACCUUGAUUCCUAACCCUGCUACAAUUGCUCAGCUUAGUUAUCUACUACCUAUAAAGGGUUAUUUGCUAUGUGCUUAUAAACCAAGUCCAAUAUAGACCAGAACAGAGACACAGGGACUGCACAAACAGCCCACAAGUCCAUCACACCCAGCCACCGAGUCUCACCUCAGAACAUCAUAACCUGCGAACUCGAAGAGCCGGCACAUGCUCUCCCCGAUGAUGGUGGAGCGCAGGUGGCCAACGUGCAUCUCCUUUGCAAUGUUGGGGGAGGAAAAAUCCACCACCACCUUGGACAUGGCACCAAAGGAACACAUGAAUAAAAGGCCAUUACCACA